CUAGGAGCGAAAUAUUGCUCAAUAUCUUAAUUCAUAUCUUAUCACUUUAUCAAUCCAUUUACCAGUCAGUUCGGUGGAAGGCGAGCUGGUGUGUCGCUUGCAGUAUUAUUCACUUGUGCAAUGGCUUCCAGCGUCGUGCUGUUGACAGUCUUAGUGGUAGCCGCGAUGGCCCAAGAAGAUCUCGCAUCUGCAGCAGACACCAAGAGGGCAAAUCUGAGGAUAAUCCGAGGGCAGGACGCACAAGAAGGACAGUUCCCUUGGCAGGCAUGGAUCGAGUGCAUCCGAUUCAACUUCCUCGCCAGCAGCUGUGGAGGAUCCCUCAUCACAGCCAUCCACAUCCUAACGGCUACUCACUGCGUCAACAGUAUACUGUUAUGCCAAGUGUCAUUAGGUCUGAUUUCCUUAGACAAGAAAGGAUAUUCCUACUUUGUGCAUCCCAGCAAUAUGAUUAUUUAUGACAACAAAGGCCAAAGGUAUGUCGAUGACAUAGCCAUUAUUCGACUGAAUUCGCCAGUCCGGCUAACAGAAAACAUUCAACCUAUAAGGCUGCCUCAGGAAUUCCAAAAUAGUGGAACACUUAGUGGUUUAACAGCAAUUGUUUCUGGUUGGGGGAAGACAAGUGAUAAUGAAACGGGUCUCCACAAAUUCCUUCAAUAUGCUAAAGUAAAAAUUAUGCUUCAAAAUAGAUGCAGUAAUUUUUAUUUGAAUAACUUUAGUUUAAUGAUAACUAAUGGACAGAUAUGCACAGAUUUCUCUUCAUCAAAUGUUUGCAAUGGUGACAGUGGAGGUCCAUUAGUCAUUUUAGAAAAAGACAACAAAUGGACAUUAAUAGGUAUCGUAAGCCUUGGAGUCAGCCCAUGUGAAGGAGGAACACCAUCUAUUUACACAGCAGUUUCAGCCUAUCUACGAUGGAUUUAUCAAAAUAUAAACAAUUAAGAAGAAACAAACAUUUAAAAUUGUAUGUCUUAUAAAACUCAUUUAACUGCUUAUUUAAUAAAAUAUAAUAAUACCCCUAC